UUUGCUCUCUCCCUCCCGCUGCAUAUUUUUCCCUCUUUUGGCUUCUCUUAAAACCUUCAAAACCACCGUAACUGAACUCUCGCUCAUCUCCUUCAAUUUAUUCUCUUUUCUAGGGUUUCGUUACCUUCGACAUGGAGCAUUUGAAGCCUCUCCGAUUGAGAUGCUUUGUUCAGAACUACGAUUGGGGAAGGAGUGGCGAAGAAUCGACUGUCGCAAAGUUGUUUUCCUUGAAUUCUAACUCGAUGAUCGACCCAGAUAAACCCUACGCGGAGUUAUGGAUGGGGACGCACGAAUCUGGGCCGUCGUUUUUAGCAGGUAGCGAGACGGACGGUCUGGAUGGUGUCGGUGGUGAUGGGAUGUGUGCGGUGAGUCUGAAGUCGUGGAUUGAUGAGAAUGCUGGUGCAGUUGGAGAGAAGGUGGUGGAGAAGUGGGGUAGAGAUUUGCCUUUCUUGUUCAAGGUUCUUUCUGUUGCAAAGGCUUUAUCAAUACAGGCGCACCCAGAUAAGGAAUUGGCUCGGGUUUUGCAUAAAUCACGGCCGAAUAUUUACAAGGACGCAAACCAUAAGCCUGAGAUGGCCGUUGCACUUACAGAGUUUGGGGCCUUGUGCGGAUUCAUUAGUCUUGAGGAGCUUAAGGGCGUGCUUGUUGGUGUUCCUGAGGUUGUAGACUUGGUUGGACAUGCAGAGGUAGACCAAGUUUUGAAUAUCAAAGAGCAGGAUGGAGAGGAGAAAGCUAAAGCGGUUUUGCGGUCGAUCUUCACCCAACUUAUGUCUGCAGGUAAAGAUGCAGUUUUUGAAGCGGUGGCCAAACUAAAAAGUCGUCUGAACACAGAAAACAAGGUCAGGGUGUUGUCAGAGAAGGAGCAGCUGGUAUUACUGCUUGAAAAGCAGUAUCCGUCUGAUGUUGGAGUCAUAUCUGCCUUCUUCUUCAAUUUUGUGAAACUCAACCCUGGUGAAGCUCUGUAUCUUGGUGCAAAUGAACCCCAUGCAUAUAUCUAUGGUGAAUGCAUCGAGUGCAUGGCCACUUCAGAUAAUGUUGUGCGUGCAGGCCUUACCCCAAAGUACCGGGAUGUCCAGACUCUCUGUUCCAUGUUGACAUACAAGCAGGGCUUUCCUGAGAUUUUGCAUGGAAUUCCUGUCAGCCCAUACACAAGAAGGUACCUCCCGCCAUUCGAUGAGUUCGAAGUUGACCACUGCUGUCUUCCCACAGGAGCUUCCGCGGUAUUUCCUGCCAGCCCAGGUCCAUCCAUUUUUGUAGUCAUUGCUGGAGAGGGGUCUAUGCAAACAGGCCUGUCAGGCAAAGAUGCCAUGAUUACGGAUGGUGAUGUAUUUUUCAUUCCUGCUGAGUGUGAGAUUAGCAUAACUGCUGCUUUUGGAGAUGAUUUUACCAGUGGGACAUUGCAGCUAUACAGGGCUGGGGUAAAUAGCAGGUGUUUCAAGUGAUCUAAGCCGCGACUUUGUAGGUUUGGAGUAAAUUCCAGGUUUCAAGCAACGUGAGCAUACAUGUAAACGCUGGCCUUACAUUGUAAUAUACCAUAUAUAUAAAAGAGUGUUGGCAAGUUUUUGCCAGUCGACAAAAGUCUACAGCCCCUGAUCAUGUACACUGGGUUCACUGGUGUAGUAGCAGGCAUGGACAAGAUCUGGGCUGUCCAUCAAGUGGGCCAUGCAGUCUAUACUUUCUGGCCCGAAAAUCAGGCCAGUCCAUGCAUGUGUAGGCUUAGUAAAUCUAUGUUUUUCCUCUAUAUUAUGUCUGGUCUCUUGUAAUAUGAACAGUUGGAUUAGAGUUUUAAAACCAAGAAAAAGAGAUAGACGGCACUCACACAUAUAUAUCACUGCUUUGUAACUUUGCCAUAACAAUCGUCAGUGUCAAAAUAGUCACCUAUACCUUAAUUUAGAGAAGAUUUGCCCCUUUUGCAUUUUA